UCUUUUUCUCUUUUUCAUCCUGCCACCAUCAUCCUUGUCAACACACUCCCACGCAUCUUUCCGUUGGUGAUCCUCAUGACUCCUUGUCGUUUGUGUGUCGCCCUCUCGUUUUCCUUUGACAUUCCUGAUAUUCCACUACCCCUGUCCUUUAGUGACAGGAAAGCCCUUUUUUAUUGUUUCUAGUUUCUCCCACCGUUGGUUGUUCGGUUGGGACGGCUGUCAGUUCUACGGCUGGGCGGGCUUUUUCUUUGGAUGCGGGAGCCUCACCACCAUGACGAUGGUCAGCUUGGACCGAUACUUCAAGAUCUGCCAUCUCCGAUACGGGACGUGGUUGAAACGGCAUCACGCUUUCCUCUGCUUGGCCUUCGUGUGGCUGUAUGCCGCCUUUUGGGCCACCAUGCCCCUGAUAGGCUGGGGAAGCUACGCCCCGGAACCAUUCGGGACCUCCUGCACGCUGAACUGGUGGUUGGCGCAAUCCUCCGUGUCCGGCCAAAGCUUCGUCAUGUCCAUUCUCUUCUUCUGUCUCGUCCUUCCGACCGGCAUCAUGGUCUUCUCCUACGUGAGGAUCAUCUGUAAAGUCAAGUCUUCCGCAAAGGAAAUCUCACACUUUGACGCCCGGAUCAAUAACAAUCAAAACCUGGAGAUCAAACUGACAAAGGUGGCCAUGCUGAUCUGCGCGGGAUUCCUGAUCGCUUGGAUCCCGUACGCGGUUGUGUCCGUGGUGUCGGCGUUUGGGGAGCCAGACUCGGUGCCGAUACCCGUGUCUGUCAUUCCCACUCUCCUCGCCAAGUCCUCCGCUAUGUACAAUCCAAUCAUCUACCAGUUAGUGGACCUGAAGAACUCCUGCUCGCCCUCCUGUUUCAAGGCCCUUGGGAAACGCCGGCAUUUUCGAAAGUCCAGGUAAGGGAGUAUAUCUUUGGUCAUGA